GAUGUUUAACUCUUAUCCAGGCACAAAGACAUACUUUUCCCAUCUAGACAUCAGUCCYGGUUCCUCCCACUUGCACUCUCAUGGGAAGAAGAUUGUCUUGGCCAUAGCAGAGGGCGCCAAGGACAUCAGCCAGCUGACCGUCACCCUCGCUCCACUGCAAACGUUGCAUGCCUACCAGCUCCGGAUAGACCCGACAAACUUUAAGCUUCUAUCCCACUGUAUGCUCGUCAGCCUGGCUUGUUAUCUGGGCGAAGAGUUCACUCCGGUUGCUCAUGCAGCGAUGGACAAAUACCUGUCAGCCUUUGCGGCGGUGCUCGCUGAGAAAUACAGAUGAGGUUCAGUCACAGUGUCUCCAGAGAUAAUGACAAGCAGAAUAGGUGGAAAGUGCAUCAAAUGAAUUCACCAUAUUUGCUUUGAGUUUCCAACCAAUGUGUUCAGAGGCCACAUAAACACUGUAUUUAUUCAUGUAUAAUACUAGAAAUUUAACCCUAAAAAUCAUACAUAAAGUGGGGUUAGUAUUAUAC